AUGUAUCGACAGAUUCAAGUGCAUCCCGAUGAUGCCCGCUACCAACGGAUAUUUUGGCGCGAGAACUCAACUGACUGCCUUCAAGUUCUGGAAUUAACAACCAUAACCUAUGGCACCGCAUCCGCGCCAUUCCAAGCAACUAGGAGUUUGGUCCAGCUGGCGCGAGACGAACGCGAGAAAUUUCCUGUCGCUGCUGAUAUCAUACUAAAGGACACAUACGUAGAUGAUCUGCUUUCCGGAUCCGAAACAAUUGAAGGAGCCAUCGAUGCAUUUCACCAGUUGAAGGCGAUGCUGGAAACUGCUGGAUUUCCGAUUCACAAAUGGUGCUCAAACUCGUCAAUAAUGUUGGGACAAAUACCGUUGGGAGAGCAAGAAACACCGAAGCCCAUCGAAGAACGAAAGGUAAACAAUGCAGUCAAAAUUCUCGGCCUACUAUGGGAGCCAACUUCUGACGAGUUUCUCCUUGCUGGUAAAAUUACAUCCGAUUUCCGUCCACCUGCUACAAAACGAAAAAUAUAUUCUGAGGUGGCCAAGCUGUUCGAUCCUUUAGGCUUGUUUUCACCGACGAUAGUUCAAGCCAAACUACUAGUCCAGCAACUUUGGCGGCACAAUUUGGACUGGGACGAACCGAUCAAUGAUGAAAUGAGUGAAAAAUGGAACGAGCUAAGACAAGCAUUACCUCAACUGAUGGAGAUAAAAAUUCCUCGCCAAGUGACCUUCUCCGAAGCAGCCUGUUACGAAAUUCACGGAUUUGCCGAUGCUUCCAACGCUGCAUAUGGAGCUUGCCUAUACAUCCGAAGUUUGUAUCCUGGGGGUUUAGCUAAAUCGCGAUUAUUAUGCAGUAAAUCGAAAGUUGCACCGCUCCACGCUCUGACAAUUCCACGCAAGGAAUUAUGCGCCGCUCUGUUGCUAAGUCGCCUCGUUAAAAAGGUAAUUGCCGUACUAGACAUUGACAUUAAGCGCGUUAUCCUAUGGUCCGACAGCCAAAUUGUCCUGGCUUGGUUGAGAAAACAUCCCGAUCGUCUAGAGAUUUUCGUACGGAAUCGAGUUGCUGAAAUCCUCAAUAACACGGAUGAAUUUAAGUGGAGUUACGUUCGUUCAGAAGAAAACCCUGCUGAUGUUGUUUCGCGAGGCCAGGCACCAAUUAUGCUAAUGAAGAACGAGUUAUGGUGGAACGGUCCCCAAUUUCUAGCCCAACCUAUCAUCGAAGCUGAGCCCACAUUGGAGAUUCCUGACGACGACUUACCAGAGUUAAAAUCCAUCUGCCCUAUAAUAUCUGCCGCAAUAAUCGAACAGCAGCUGCCGGUUUUCAGAAAAUACAGCUGUUUUAGGAAACUUCAACGAGUUAUUGCUUGGAUGUUACGGUUCAAGAAUAACGCACGCAGAAACGGCGAACGGAUUCUAUCUACACAUUUAACCGUCAAAGAACUUCGACAGUCUAUGCUGGUGAUAGUACGUGUGAUCCAGCAAGUGGAACUAGCCGACGAAAUUAAUCGUUUGGAGUCGCAGCAACAAUGCAAACGCUUAAGUUCUCUCAACCCUUUUUACAUCGAAGGAGUGCUACGAGUCGGUGGAAGACUAAAGCAUUCCAAGCUUCCUGAAAUAUCAAAGCAUCAGAUUAUCUUACCCAACACAGGUUCGGUUACGAAACUGCUUAUAUGGACUAUGCAUCAGGAGUUACUCCAUAUAGGUAUAGCUGGAUUGAUAUCAGCAAUCAGACAACGCUUUUGGUUAUUGAAUGCCCGAUCAACUGUGCGACACGUCAUCCGGUCCUGCAUAAAGUGCUUCCGAACAAGGCCAAUUGGAUUCUCUCAGCUAAUGGGUGAGUUACCUAGACAACGAGUCACACCGUCUCCUCCAUUUUCCAUUACGGGUGUGGAUUACGCCGGGCCCAUCAAUGUCAAGCAAGGCUCACAUCGACCAAAGAUAAUAAAAGCAUAUAUCGCUGUUUUUGUUUGCAUGGCAACAAAAGCUGUGCACAUAGAAUUGGUUUCAAACAUGACGACGGAAGCUUUCAUCGCAGCACUACAACGUUUUAUCAGUCGGAGAGGGAUGGUUGCUGAAAUACACUCCGACAACGGAACUAAUUUUAUUGGUGCAAACCGCGAGCUUCAACAAUUAUACAAAGUUUUCCAAAAUCAACAAGGAAUCGAUCGUCUGAAAGAGUUUUGUCACUCAAAGGAAAUGGAAUGGCAUUUUAUUCCUCCGGAUGCACCCGAAUUUGGUGGCUUGUGGGAAGCGGCCGUAAAGAGCACCAAAACCCAUUUAAAACGAGUUAUUGGCAAUAUGACUUUGACUUUCGAAGAGAUGUCUACAAUCCUGUGUGAGAUCGAAGCUAUACUUAAUUCUCGCCCGCUAUUUGCUAUAUCGAACGAUCCGACCGACCCAGACGUGAUUACUCCAGGUCAUUUUCUCAUUGGUCGUCCUCUCAUCGCUGUGCCCGAACCAACAUUUAGUGAGAAUGUGAAAAUCAAUCGUCUACGCCGUUGGCAACACAUCCAACUGAUGCGUCAUCAUUUUUGGACAGCGUGGUCCAGAGAUUAUUUAGCCACUCUUCAGCCCCGCAAAAAAAAUUGGAACACCAUCGACAACGUGAAACCUGGUAUGAUUGUUCUAUUACACGAAAGAAACAGUCCAGCGCUGCAAUGGAAACUUGCUCGUGUGACAAAGGUAUUUGCAGGCGCGGACAACCUGGUUCGUGUCGUAGAUAUUCUUUGUGACGGAAAAACUUAUCGACGUUCAGUAUCAAAAUUAUCCGUGCUACCAAUCGAAGAGAACCAACACCUACUCGAGCUGGAGAAACGCGGAAUCUGA